UUCUAGCCCUCCCUCGCCGUGCUCUCUCCCCUGCUCAGGCUGUUGCAGUGCUGAAGCUAUAACAACACUCCCUUUCUCCCACUUUCUCACCGUUUAGUCUGCGCUCAGAAGCUCUGAGGAUUAAAUCCUACGGUCCCCGCAAUGAAAACCAAGUGUUUUGUGUUUCUGCUGACAUUUUCCUACAUUGUUUUUCUUCUCUCCGGUGGUACAUGUUCUGAAGCAGAGCACCGGUUAUUUUCUGUUAUUUUUGCCAAUUACAACCAGUACAUACGGCCUGUGGAGAAUGUGUCCGACCCAGUCAUUGUGCAGUUUGAAGUGUCCAUGUCCCAGCUGGUUAAAGUGGAUGAAGUCAAUCAGAUCAUGGAAACAAAUCUUUGGCUGAGACAUAUCUGGAAUGACUAUAAACUGAAGUGGGAUCCCAGUGAAUUUGGAGGUGUAGAGUUCAUCAGAGUGCCUUCAAAUAAAAUUUGGAAGCCUGAUAUUGUCUUAUAUAACAAUGCGGUGGGGGAUUUCCAAGUGGAUGACAAGACCAAAGCCCUGUUGCACUACAACGGAGAUGUCACCUGGAUCCCACCAGCCAUCUUUAAGAGCUCCUGCAAGAUUGAUGUCACCUACUUUCCUUUCGACUAUCAGAACUGCACCAUGAAGUUUGGUUCUUGGACCUAUGACAAAGCCAAGAUCGACCUGGUACUGAUUGGCUCGACCAUCAAUCUCAAGGACUUCUGGGAGAGUGGAGAGUGGGUAAUUAUAGAUGCUCCGGGCUACAAACAUGAUAUAAAGUACAACUGCUGUGAGGAGAUCUACCCUGACAUCACCUACUCCCUAUACAUUCGGCGGCUUCCCCUUUUCUACACCAUUAACAUGAUCAUCCCAUGUCUGCUCAUCUCCUUCCUCACUGUGCUUGUGUUCUAUUUGCCUUCAGACUGUGGUGAAAAGGUAACCCUCUGCAUUUCUGUUCUGCUCUCCCUGACUGUCUUCCUGUUGGUCAUCACUGAGACCAUCCCUUCCACCUCUCUGGUCAUCCCUCUCAUUGGGGAGUACCUUCUUUUCACCAUGAUCUUUGUCACAUUAUCCAUCGUCAUCACAGUCUUUGUGCUCAACGUCCAUUACCGAACACCCAAGACCCACACCAUGCCGCAAUGGGUGAGAACCGUGUUUCUUGGCAUCCUCCCAAGAGUCAUGUUCAUGACCAGGCCAGAGAGAGAACCUGAGAAGACUAGCCAGUAUCUCCCACCGCAGCCUUACCCUCAUACCCACAGCCAGCAGAAGCAGCAGAAUUCCAAUGCUCCCCAUCACAGACAUCGCAUUUUCAUCAGCACUGAGCUAUCCAAUCUCAACAACCUGGCUGGCACUGGAGACUCCAAGUGUAGCACUAAGGAUGGAUUCCUCUGUCAAGAAGGCCGCUGCAACUGCUGUUGGCGCCAGCGCACCACCAAACUGCCGGCUGAUGGAGGCCUAGGAGGAGGGAGUGGUGAUAUUGGUAGCUCCUACUCCAGCUCCGAGUCCCUGGAUGCCCUGCUCUCCGUGUCUGCCCUAUCACCUGAAGUGCGUGAUGCCAUUGAGAGUGUCAGAUACAUUGCUGAGAACAUGAGGCUACAGAAUGAAGCAAAGGAGAUCCAAGAUGAUUGGAAAUAUGUGGCAAUGGUGAUAGAUCGCAUCUUCCUGUGGGUUUUCAUACUGGUGUGCAUCCUGGGGACAGCUGGCCUCUUUCUCCAGCCACUGCUCAUAGGAGAAGAUAGUUAACUGUCUGUGCUGUACUAUUAGUAUAUUUCCCUCUGCUUUGUUCUAUUUUUCAGAUUUUUUAUUAGAAGUAUCCCAAGAAGCAGGGCCUUUAACUACAAGCAAGACAUCACUGAAAUUCAUUUUUUGCAUUUUACAUUUUUCAGUCAAAUUAAAAUUUGAAAUAUUGGCUAUCACACUUUUAACACUUUGCUCCUCAAAGGGCUCUUUUUAUAUAAAAAAAACUUAAAAAUACAUUCACUUGAUAUCUCUGAUGUUACAUCCCACUUAAUAUUGAAAUCAUAAUGGUCAGUGUUACCUCUUUUAUAGUUUUUGUGCACUCUGUAGUGUUAAAUAUUUUUUUCAUUUACUUUUUUACAUCAUUCAAUAUGUAUGCAUAAAGCAUUUUAGGCACAACAUGAAGCUGCUCUGUUCUGAAUUUGUAAUUAAAGAAGCUAUGUUUUUUUAUUUGCUUAGGUUCAUUCUCAGCGUUUUUUGUUGCUUUUAAAUUGAAAUAAUGUUUGCCUUAUCUUUUAGGGCUUUGAAGUCUGCGAUGAAAUUUAUAUAAAACGUUGCACUAUACUUUACGUUUGGAAUUUAUUUUAUAUUGCGAAUGCUUUAUAUGAACAUUUGAUGUCUUAUUCGUUUUCUUAUUACUGAAAAACAAGAUGUCCGUGCUAGCCUGUUACUUAGAAAUAUGUAUCAUGUGCCUAAAAAUAAUAAAAUCCACUAUUCAAUUAUUACCAGUAAACAAUUAUUAAUAUGCAGUGGUAAAACCUUUAGUGCAUAUAAAGGCAUGUUGUUGAUACUAGUUAUUGAACAGUAAAAAAGGUAGAAACAGAGCAUUUUUAUGUUGAUGACAUUGGUUGCUAAAGUCAGGUUUAUUUCCGUAAAUAUGAGAAUAAAUCGUUUUUCUCCAUUACAAGUUAUGACAGACAUUGUUUUCUCUGCACUUACACUUCAAGUGGAUGAUGCCUGAAAAGGCACAAUUACAGUAUAUGCAAGCCUGUAUAUGACAUGAAAUGCAUAUGAAAAUGUAUUCUCUUUUAACAUGUUACAAAGCUAGAACGACAUGUUCUAGAGAUGUUUUGCACUUUUUAGAGCUCAUGGGAAUAAUGUGGCUAGACGUUUACCAUUGAAGCGGCCUUAUUUGCACAUCUUACCUUGGUUACAUUCCCAGAUUAUGGUGUUUCUUAAGAGUAAGCAAAAGGAUAAAUACGAGUAAUAAGUGAGGAAUAUAUUAAGCACCCUGAAUGCAAACAUUCAAAUCAGCCUUACUUUUUGGUGUAGACCUAAGUAUUUCUUAAUGUGAUUGCUUUUAAAUAACUGAUAUAAUAAUCAAUAAUCCCAAUCUUGCUUUAGGAAAUCAAUAUCAACUUGAUUUAGAAUUUCCAAGAAUAGUGCACUACAUCAAACACAAGAAAAUGAGAACACAAUGCACAGAUCAAGCUGAAUAUAUUAUGUUACCAGUUAAUGUACUAAUGUCCUAUUUAGUGUAUGAUUUGUGUUAGCAAAUUUAAUAUUUUAUAGCCAGGUGAUCAUCUUUCCUAUGGAUUAUCUGCUGUUGUACAAAGUUGAACAAUAUGAGCAUGUAAACUCAUGGGAAAAGGGUGCACCGCCACAUGGAGAACAUUCUAUAGAUAAUAUUACAUGUUCCUCUUACAAAACAUAAAAACUCAAUGUAAUUCAUACUUUCAUUAUAAUAAAUGAAUGGUUUAAUUCGGUUGGAGUAAACCACACAAUACAGGUAUUGUACUGUAUGUUGUCAGAAUUUCAAGUGCACAGCAUUGUUUUUGAGCAAAAGACUUGUUUCUUUCAAUAAUAAAUAUGGUAUAUCUUUCACACAAGUGGUUUUUAUUAUAAUACAGAAUUAACAAUAACAUUAUACAUUGAAGGUGUACACUGGUCACAGUCAUAUACAGUAAAGUAAUGUUCUGCACUGUAAGAAUACAGUACAGUAGGUCGCGUCAGAAAUGACAGGAUUAGUUUAAUACAUGAAACCCACCACCAGAGGGGGACUCUCUACCAAGUAUAAGACAUUUCACGUCUGUACUGAAGCUGUGCAUGGCAUAUGAAAACCUGUAUUUCUUAAAAAUGUACUGCAAUACUGUAUAUGUAUAGGCUCUAUUCACCUUUUAACAAGCAAACAUGCCCUGGAUGACCAAUCAGUUUCUCUUCACAUUAAAUAUCCCAAAACGUUAUGAUAUUUUAUCCAAAAUUGUAUCCAACUAAUGUUGUUUUUAAAACCUGAAGGCUAAAACUUGAGCAUUUUCUUUUGGA